AUGCCUGCAGCAAAAUCUCUGAGAGAUGAAAUCAUUAAGGCAUCGAAUGCUGCGGAUGCUGAUAAUGAUCCCAAUCGAAACAACAUAGAGUCUUUAGACUAUAAUCCUUUGGAUGACAUUAUGGAUCUAUUUAAUGGCUCGGAAAGCCUUGCCGAUUUGGACUCAUUGAUGGCCUAUACCAACGGAUACAAGUUGGAAAUUGAAGGUGAAAUUUUACAGAGGGAGUGUGAUUAUAAUCAGAGAUUGUCCGAAGUGGAGAAACCUUCUAUGGAAUUGGACAAGCUUCAAAUGCAAUUGGAUGAGUUGUUACUCGAAUUUAAUUCCACAAAAAGGCUUGCCGAGAAUACAGGAGCAACAAUCAAUUCCAUGACAGCAAAUAUCAAAAAAUUGGAUAGCUGCAAAAAGAAUUUGACGUUAUCCAUGACGAUUUUGAAGCGUCUACAGAUGCUUGUUACUGCUUACGAUGCUCUAGAGAAGUUAAUCAAUAACGAGACUACAAUAAGGGACUACAACCAAAUUAAGCAGUUGCUUAGUGCAGUAUUGGAGCUCAUGCAACAUUUUCAAACUUAUAAGAGUAUAGAUGAAAUCAAUACUCUCAACAAGAAGAUUGUUUCGAUGAGAAAUAGAGUUAUAGAUGAGAUCUUCAAAGAUUUUGAAGCUGAGUUUAACGAGACCCUCAAUAAUCCAACGAUUUUGCAGGCUUGUGAUAUUCUAGACAUUCUUGGUAAGGCUUAUAGGGACAAAUUAACGAAUUGGUAUGUCAAUGUACUACUAAAAGAGCUUACCGGUAUUUUCAGGAGCUCCGAAGAGGCAGGCUCCUUGGAGAACUUAAACAGAAGAUACAUAUUCUUUCAGCGAAUAUUAACUAAUUUCCAGCAGGUUCACUCCAAAAUGUUCCCAAAGGAUUGGAAAAUGCCUAUUGCAUUAUCAAACAGGUUUUGUGAGGUUACUAGAAAGGACUUGAAAGAAGUGACUGCCAAAGAAACUAGACUCAAUGGACCUCAUGUUGAUGCUAAUCUCUUAUUAACUGCAUUAGCUCAAACAUUGGAUUUUGAAUCCUAUUUAAACCAGAAAUUUAAGAUGUACAGCGAUUUCGGAGAUAGUACUACUUUCAAUUUUGAUAGGAGCAUUUCGGAUGUUUUUGAACCAUAUCUUAAUGUUUGGAUAGACCACCAGGGUAGCAUUAUUGAAAGGAAAUUUUUAGAUUACUUGAAUCCCUCAUCUAUGUAUAGAAAAUCUGGGGUUGCCGAAGGAGGUGAUAAUGGCAGUGAUGUUGGCCACAGAAAAAACAGCAAUUCUGAAGAGAAAUCUGAAGUUGUUACUGAUGAAGGUAUCAAUGUUUUGGAGUCAGCUGCUGAUCUAUUUAGAAACUACAGGCAGAUGUUAGGCCAGCUUGCAAAGCUUACUCACGGCCGGCCGUUAAUUCGUCUCUCCAAACUCUUCUCCAAAUAUUUGAUGGAAUAUCAGCGUCGAAUUCUUCAGAUACUGAUUCCUGACGGCAAUAAAUUGCUGUCAGCCAAUGCUCAAGAGCAGGCGGAGGUCAUAGACAUAGUAUGUCUUGUUUUAAAUACUGCAGAUUACUGCUCAACUACGACCAGUCAGCUAUCUGUGAAAUUGUGCUCGUUAUUGGAACCCAAAGAACUAUCGAAAGAAAUUGACUUUUCUAGUCUAGAGGAGUCAUUUCUUGAUAUGGUAACGCAUUGCAUGACCGCAAUCUACUCAAAGAUUGACGGAGAUUUACAGUAUGCUUGGAGAGAAAUGGCCAAUAACAAUUGGAGAAUGAUGAAAGAAGUUACUGGAGAAUCCCGGCAUAUGACUUCAAUUAAGAGUACGUUGAAUGAGGAUUGCGAGUUGAUAUUUGAUAAGCUCAACAAAAGCUCCUAUGCGAGAAACUUCAUUGAUAAAUUAGCUGAACUGGUAGUUGAUGAUAUGACUCUUAACAUAGUUAAGUUGCAACCGAUCACUGAAGUGAUGGCAGAGCAAUUUAUUUUGGAUUUGCAAACGUUGAAGGGAUUUUUCUUGAAUCUACCCCUUAAGGCCGCUUAUGGGGCCAAAAUCAAAGGGUCACCGAAUUUUGGAAAGUUUAUUAGCAGCAAAAUUUCUGAAGUGGUGGCUUUGAUGAAGGUGUUGAUGGUACCACAUAAGCCUACUGAUAGCUAUAUUGUGAACUAUUUUGGAAAUAUCAAGGAUUCAAAUUUCAACAAUUUUGUCAAAACCCUAAAACUUAAGGGAAUGCUACGAAAUGACGCCACCUUUGAGAAAGAUAAGUUCAAGUAUAUGGACCUAUUCAAAACCCAGUUAAGGUCUUUCCAAGAGACCAGUGACGAUAACCUUGAUGAAUCGAACAGCUUCAUAGAGAGGUUGAACGUGGAUAAAAUGACUUCAAUGUCGUCAAGGUCUAAAUAUACAAGUCCUACAAUAGUACAGACACCAUCAAUAUCACCCUCUGUGGGAUCCAAUAUCAGCAGUUUCUUCAACUCCUCAAGACCUAAUUUCAAUAUUGACAGGCACCAUCUAGAGAAGAAUCUAGCUAAGACUUUCUCUGAUAACAAGAUUAGUUUUGGCAAAUUCUUCAAAAAAGGAGCAAAUUAG